AUGUCUUUUCAACUACUCACUGAUGAUUGUUUAUAUGAAAUCUUUAAGUACUUGGAAAAGGAUAAAUUCACCUUGUACACAUGCUUAUUCGUUAAUCGACGUUGGUGUGAAACUUCCGUUCAACUUUUAUGGAGGAAUGUGUUUAAUUACAAUACUUUAAUUAAAUGCCUUCCCGAUGAUUCAAAAGAAAUUUUAUUCAAGAAUGAAAUUAUUCUUCCAUCUCUAAAUUCAAACCCUCCUUUAUUUAAUUACGUUUCUUUCGUUAAAUCAUUAUCAAUAAAUGAAAUUUCCAGGACGAUUGAAGUCAUCCUUCACGAUCAUAAUGUAAUUCAAAAUUACAAAAUUAUUAAAAAUCGACUGCUUAGUAAGAACUUAUCUAAUACAGAUCGCGUUCAACUUAUUAAGGAUUAUCAAAUCAUUAAGCGUCGUCUCGUUAAAUACAUUCAAAUUGUCAAAAAUGAUCCCUACCUCAAAGAUCAUCAAUUGGUUAAGAAUUUUCAUCAUGCAUUUCCCCUUAUCUCUGAAAGUCCCAAGAAUAAUCGUCCCAUCACCAGUAAAUACUUGAUAACCGUUGUGACUCAAGAAGUUUUCAAAAUGUUUAUGAAUCAAAUCUCUUUGAGAGAAUUAAAUUAUUAUUCUAGUUCCUCCUUAACUUAUUACGUUCCGAAUAUCACGUUUACCGUUUAUCCCGGGGCCACCGAUUGUUUUAAGAAUCUAACGGAACUUAGAUGUUGUUCGGACGUUCAUUCCGAGUUUUUCUUUCAACUUUCACAAUUUUGUCACAAGAUUCGAUUCUUGGAAAUUAGGCUUCGUAGAGUAAUUUCUACGGGGGUAACUAACUUGAUUUCCGCCCAAAAUCAUUUGAUGUGCCUUCGUUUAUGGCAAAAUAAUAAGGGUUUAAAAGAAAUUUUACCUUCUUUAACAAAACAUUUAAAUUCUAUAAGUAGGAUAGAUAUUAAUGUGGAGGACAAUAAAUCUUUGUUGUUCCUUACAAAUUUCACAAAUUUACGAGAACUCGUGUUCUUCGAAUUUUAUGACAUCCAUGAAUCCUUUCAAGAAUUUCAACACGUUAAGAUACCAAAAUUAAGAACCCUAAAAUUUCAAUAUAAAUUUCCAAAGAGCGUAUACUUGGAUAGGUUCUUGGAAAAUAAUGGGAAUCACUUGAUCGACAUUUCUCUUGAAUAUAGUAAUAAUUCAAUAAAUUCCUCCGUGGCUAAAUAUUGCCCCAAUUUAAAAUCAUUCUCAACCAUCAUCGUCGAUGAUGAAUUCGAUAUAUUAAAGUUAAUAUUUGAUAGGUGUGAAAAGUUGGAAAGUAUUAAAUUCGUGUGUGAAUACGGAUGGUAUAAGAAGUUUCAUUUGGAGAAUGAAUUGUUUGAUAUCAUUGCGAGAUUUUCACCAAAAAAUUUUCAAAAAUUAAAAAUACGUUACAUAGGUAACGCGCUUAAUGUGCGUUCAGAAUUAAGUCCAGAAGAGAUGAAUCUUUUCUUUAUUAAUUGGAAUAAUCGUACACCACGAAGAUCACUUUCUCUUACUAUGGAAGAAUUUAGUUUUAAGAUUAAUGAGGAAAUUAUUGAAAUAAUUAAUAAUUACGUUAAAUUGGGCGUCGUUAAGGAAUUUACACUUAAUAACAUGUAG